AUGAUUUCUGAUGAAGAUUCACCUUUCUUAAUUGAAAACUUAAGAAGUAUAUUGCAAUACGGAAAUAAAGAGGUCCAAGAUAGAAGGAAGAGGUAUGUUCACAAUGUCUUUGAUUUAACGCUUAAUAAUUUGCAGUUAAAAGAGGAUUCAAGGAGAAGGGAAAUAAGGAGAGACAUACGUGAUAUAAGUUUCCAUGAUGUGCCAAAACCCAUACAAAAUAAUGAAUGCCAUUUGGAAAGAGGAUCAUCAUCACCACUUUCAAACCGAUUCCCAUCUGAUGUGACUAUCACUACGAAUGCAUUUGAAAGAUUUAUUAAGCAUAGUUUUUUACCUAAGGAAAAAUAUGAUGCAAAAAAUUUUUAUUCUCGCGAAUAUUUUAAGAGCUCUCCAGAAUUUACAUGGGACGAAGAUAGCAGUUCCUUCAAAGAAAAUAUUAAGAGAAAACUUUUUAAUGACCUAAUCGAUUAUUACAACCAACUAAAGUUGCUACAUUUUGAUGAAUGUCUCAAUUAUGGCAAUUUUGUAAAUUCUCAUGAGCGGAUUGAAACUUGUACAGGAAAAAAGGCUCAAAUUUUCCACCUUAUAAAUGUUAAUAAACAUGUUCUUAGGAAAGACUCAAAUAAAAAUAAUGCGUGUAAAAACGUUACAACGUUUGUAAACCCCAAUGGAAAUGAUAAAAAAAGGGACAGUCUAAUUCCUAUUCAUGCAAAUUUAAAUGGAAAUAUUAAAAAAUAUAAAAAAGAAAGCAUUAUGUCAAAUAUAAACAAGGAAAUACCAAAUGAGGAAUUUACUAACUUUAUAAAGAAAUCAACUAAUGCUCAAGGAAAGCAAUUCACACCACAUCUACAAUGUUUGGGGUGCGUAGAAUCAUAUACAGAAAGCACAGAAAGAAAAUGUAAUAACAACAAAGAUCUCAAUAAGCGUAAUGUAGAUAUAAAAAAUGAGGUUAGGAUAAAAAAGUGUCCACCAGUUUACAACGAUUUAGUGACUAGCAAAGUUGAAACAAUUGCAAGUUUCCCAUCCAUUGAUGAUAAUGAUAAUUCGAAAUGUAGAAAUAGAAAUGAUAUCAUAAAAUGUAACUUGGAUAUAUGGUGUAAUGAAAGGUUUGAUAAUAACUACAAGUUGGAUUUAGCUCAACCUCUGAACUUUCCAAAGGGGGUUAAGGAGUUGAAUGGAUUUAACAUCAAAAAAAAUACCGCUAAACAUGGUAAUGAGAAGAGAAAGAAGGGAAAAAAGUUGAAUGUUAAGAAAAAUCACAACAAUUUAAAAAGCAAUAGUAAUGAACAUUUUAGCGACACAAUUCAGUGUGACAUAGAAAACAAUUAUUCGAACAUUCAAAAUAUUGGUGGUAGUAUAUUAGUAGGAACAAAGAGAAAUAAGGAGAUAAAAACAGAAAGAAAUAGAGAGAAAAAUAAAAGACACAAUUCAGACAAAAUCGAAUUAGGAUCUAGUAACACACAUAAAUCGUUAAAUAGCAAACAUAGGAAAGAUUUUAAUAUGAAUAGCAAACAUAUUUGUAAGUCUUCAAUAAUAUUUUCUUAUACAAAUAAUGUGUAUAUAAAUACAAACAAUAAUGAUCAAAUAGUGCACGAAAAAAAAACUUCCCAUUCUAAUGAUAUAUUAGAAAAAAGGAAAAAGUUUAGUAAUCAUUCGAGGAAAAAAACAAUGUUGAAUGGGCAGUCAAAAAAAAAGGUAUUCAGAAAAAACAAAAUAAAAUUGAAGAAAUAUUCCACAGAAUCAUUCGAAACAGACGGAGACGAGAGUUUCCUAAAUGAAAAGAAAAAAUUAGAGCAUGAAAAAUUGGAAAGCAAAACGAACACUGAUCAUUUAGAAAGGGGCUACCUAGAAAGGGAAAAGAAGAAAAAGAAAAAUUUAUUGAUGGAGGACAUAAUCGAACAUUCUGAAUGUUACACGCACAAGAAAAACAGUCGAAUGUACGAACGAAAAAAUCAAGUCUUAAUGACAAGCACUAUGGAUGAUAGCAACACAAGUGAUAAUUUGAAGUACAAUUACAAAGACGAUCACGGGGAUGAUUGCAAAAAAUAUAAGAAAUAUUGGUCCAAUGGUCGCAAAAAAAGGAACGGAAUAAAAAUGGAAAAAAGACGUUUAAAUAUGUUCCACAUUUCCAAGGAACGUUUUCAUUUACAAAGGAACGCUUUUUCACAAAGGGGGCAAAGUGAUGAAGAAAACAGGAAAUUACAUACAAAACAUCGUUCUUAUAAGAACAUAAAUAAUUAUGAAAAUAAGGAAUAUGUUUCUAGUGAUAAAUGCAAAGAGAUACACACAAAUAUUGCAGAAUGGAAUAUAAAGAACAUUGUGAGCACCAAAUUGACACCUAAAAGAGUUAUAGAAAAUAAGGAAAAUUAUCAACAUACCAUAAAAAGAGAAUCCAUCAUGAGUGAUUGUUAUGUAUCUCAUCAUGGAAAUUUAGAAAAUAGAGAAAAUAUAAAAUAUAACUUAUUCUAUCCUACAGAUAAACACAACAAUGACAGAGUAAAUGGCAUUCAAAUGAAUGGCAUAGGUGACAAUGAAUUUUGCGAAAUUGUUUCUGUAGACACAACUCAGAAGUAUGAAAAAGACAAAAAUUUAAACUCGGUGACAUUGUCCCAUAAUUAUUACAUGAACAGAGGAAAACGUUACUCAAAUUUUUGUAACGAAAUGAAUAAUUUUAAUUAUUCUGCGAUCGAAGAGGAUUAUUGUGAUGAAAUUGAUAAAAAGUAUCUCUAUCCAUUUUGCGAAGAAACGUAUACAGGUGAAAAUUUUAGAAGAAUAAUCGACUCCCUUAAGGAGAACAUCACAUCGGACAAUAAUAACAGUUCCAUCUACCUGAAAUUUCAAAAAUCUGAACAAAAUAGUAAAAAAUUGUUAUCUGAUGUUUUAUUAUAUACUAAACCACUUUCUAGCGGCAUGAAGAUCGAACCUAGAGGUAAAUUACCUUUAAAAAGACGUGAAUAUGUCUGUAAACAUAUUUGCAGAAUAUUAAAAAAGGAAAAGUGGGACACUGAAGCUGAAGGUAUGUUAAAUUUCUUUCUGAAGUACGUGAAUCUAAAUGGGAGAUGCAAUAAAUUUGGAAAAAUAAAAAUUAGAAAUAAUGUAAAAAGGGUUAAAAAAGAAAUUCGAAAGAGUGAUAGAAGGAAUAGGGGAAAUGUCAUCAUAGAGGGAAGGAAAUUGGAGGAACAAAAUACCCAAGUAGUAAAUAAUGGAAAAGGAGUAGACGAAUUGGAAAAGAUUUAUUUAGACCAAGUUCCAAAAAGUCUACCGCUAACUAUGCUAAUAAUAAGAAACUAUAAGGAAAAUGCAAGAGAUGCAGAUAAAAAUGUAAAAGUAAGAUACCAGGUAGAAUUAACGGAUGUAAAAAACCCCAAGAAGUUGAAAGGUGCAAUGGAGAAGGAGACAAAUUUAUUUUCAAGAAUUGAAAAGAUAUAUAAUUUCUGUGAUUUAGAUGGAACAGUAGAUGAUGAAGCAUACGACAACAAUAUAGUAAAUAGGUAUAUUCCAUUCCCUAACAUGGGAAAAAGUUGUUCAAAGGAGCGUCAUAAAAAUGAAUUAACUACUUUUAAUUACACAUCGGAGAAGGAAGAGCAGAGAGCUUUUUUCUAUGAAAAUACAAAUCCUAACAAUUUGAAAAGUAGACAUUUGAGCAAAAAUAAUUUGACGCUUUAUAAUGAGCCUCUAAGUAUUACUAAAAAGAGGGGGGUAAAUAAGAAAGUUCUUACCUUUGGUAAUGUGUCCAAUUUGCCUAAAUGUAAUAUUAUUGUAAAUAAUAAUUCGCUUAAACCUAAUGGAGCUAAAGAAACGUUUAUAAAAAAAAUUGUGCCCUUAAAAAAAACAAAACAUAGUAUACCUUUCAUUUUUAAUAAAAAGAUUUCAAUGAAUACUUGUUUUAAGAAAAUUUCACCCUUUCUACACAAAUCACUCGAACGAAGAACAAGCGGAAUUAACACAUCCAAUGUAGUUUCUGUAAAAACAAAAAUUGCAUUAAAAGAUGAUUAUCCAAAUCGUAAGGAAGCAAAAUGGGAAAGUGGUAACUAUGCGACAAAAUUAAAGUCAUAUUUUGCAAAUAUUAGAAAUUCCAGGGAAGUUGAGAAAAUAAAGGAAACUCCUUCACAGCACGAACAAGAAAGGGGGAGCACAGAAGACACUAAAUUGGUAAGUUAUCUAUCGAAGAGUUUUGUCAUUAAAAUUCCAGGUGACAUAAAAAAGGAGCAGAUUAUUGUAAAAAGUUUUCCUUUAUUAGCUGUUGAAGAAUUCAAAAUGACUAAGGGAGAAAAUUGGGAUAAUAAUCACAAAACGGAGGUGUAUCAGUAUAAGCAAUUAAAAAGUUCAUUAAAAAGGAACUUUAAAAAAAUUGGAAGUAAGAAAAACGAAGAUUUUAAGCGCAGUAGUGGACAUUCGAAUGAUAAAUUGGAUCCUCUAAGUCGUGAAGAAAUUGGCAACAAAAACUGCAAUGACAAUAUAAACGAGGAAAAUGGGGAAAUGAAAAUUUAUAAAAAUAGAACCUUGUUCUGGAAAAGGGGCCAUUCCCUGAAUUCCUUUCUGCACACAAAUGAUAUGGAAGAAUGUGAUCUUAAGGAGAAUAGACACAGAAAAGAAAUUAUUAACACGAAUAAGGAACCUAAUGCGAAAAAGAGAAACUAUUACGAUAAUCUUAGUGAUAGCUGUAAGAUGGAUAAGAAAAAUUGCGAAACAUUCAAAAAUAAUUCUCAUUGGAGCGAUGAAAAAAGAGGUUUAAUGAAGAAAGUUCCUAUAAAGGAAGAAGAAACAUAUAGGAAUAAAACGAAGGAGAGCUCUAAUGUGUUUUGUGAAGUGGAAAAGGAAAAUAAAUCAAUAAGUAGGAGAGUUAUUACACAAAAAAAAGAAACAAAUGGGGAACUUCUAAGUACUGAAUAUAAAAAGGAAAAUACAAAAAUAAAAAAGGAGAGCUAUAUAGACAGAAAAAAUGAAAUAUCGUUUGAAAAUUUUCAUCCUAAUGUGAUAAAACGAUUUCACAAAUUUACUAAUAAGAACAUGGCGGGAAUAAAUAAAGGAGAAAAGGAUUGGGAAAACAGGAGGGAAAAAGGAAAACAAAAACUGGAAAUCGAGGAUUCCUCUUACAUAUGGCAUAGAAGCCGUGCAACAGUGCAAAAAAUGACAAAUACUUCAAGGGGAGGAAAUAAUCUUAGACACAAAUCUGAAGAAGUAGCGGAUGAGAAAAAAUCACAUUCAAUGAUUAAAAAUGGGAAUAAAAAAAAGUGGAAUUUCAAUUGUGACUUACUAUUAAAGAACAACAUUAUAAUGAACAAGGAUAAUAACAUUGAAAGCUCUAUAGGGAGUUGUAGGAAAUACUCAAAUUGGAGUCUUAGACAAAAUGAUGAGAAAAACAGAGUAAAUUUUGAGAAAGAAAUUAAGGAAAAUGAUACCCAGGACUAUGUGGCAUCAAGGGAUUCUUUAAAACAGCAUCGAAUAAAUAAACUCAAAAAAAUGGGAAAUAAAAAUGAAAAUAUGUUAUAUUCCCCAAGUGAGAAAAGAUAUAUUACAAUUUGCUCCAGGAAAGAAGUAACUGAGGAAGAGAACAAAUCCAACAACACGAUGGGAUUAAUGGGACGAGACAGAAUUAAUCGUAGUAAUCGAAGGAAGUCAUACGAUCACUACACAAGAAGGUGUUUGUUCACGGAUAAAAAUUCAGAGACAGAAUCGAAUCAAUCAAUUUUAAAGCGUGAAAAAUAUACAAAGAAAAAUUCUCAUUAUGUGGAUUUAAGGAACAUAGAAUGCUCCAAGAGCACCCUAGAAUUUUUUCUUGAAAAAAAAUAUCUUAAAAAGAAUAUUUCUAGUGAAGAAAUGGAUACUACUAGAAAGCAGGAAAAAAAAAAAAAAAAAAAAAAAAAAGAUCUUUCAUUUUUUUGCAACCCAUCCGAAUUGUCUACACAGUCAAAAGAGGAAAAACAGUUUGUGACAAAAAAAAUGGAAGUCCACAAAAAAAUAUUAAAAAAGAAAAAAGAAAUUUCGAAGAAAGAACCAGAAAUAUACUAUUUCUCAAUUAUGAAUAGCCGUGAGGACAACAAAAAAGAUUUAUUCCCUUCUCCGCAAAAAUUAUUUAUUGAAAAGAAGAAAGACAGAAGAAAACAAAAGAUUUGUUCAGAUAAGUCAAUUGCAACUGAUACUUCUUCAUACACACAUGUUGCAGAAAAAAGGGAAGCUUUAAAAUUUUAUGAAAUUAAAAAAACAAAAACAUCACGCAUAUUGGAUGUAAAUGAAAAAAAAAAAAAAAAAAAAAAUUUUAAUAAUUAUCCCAUAACACAUAAAAACAAAGAAAAACAAUAUAAAAGACCAAGUAAUAUUCAAACGAGCAAAAGCAGCUUCAGUUACAAAUUAAAAAAUAUUGUUCGUGUAAAACGAAAUCUAUAUUUAUCUGCAAACGACGUAGUAACAGACUGGUCUACCGAUUUUGAAAAAUUACGAAAGAUGGAUUGUAGCUUGGAGGAACAAGGGAACGAAAGUUUUCCUGACGAACAGAGUGAACAGGUUGACGAAAAUGUUAGCAAACAAAUGGAUGAGAAAAAUGACCAAAAUAUUGAUAAAGCAGAUGAAGAACAAAUGCGUGAAAAAGUUCAUCAACCAGUUGGAGAACAAAUGGAUGUAGGAACACUCGUGAACAUACCAAACAAGGCACUAAGGAAAAAUCCAAAACUGAGACACUAUUUCUUAACCAUUAAAGUAAACAUAAUAACGGUGUUUCUACAUAAUUCCUAUGUUAGAAGAAUAAACAUGAAUGAUAGUUAUAACAUAAAGCUGAGCAUUUAUUCAUCAAGUGAUAUAAAGACAAUAGAAAAUAAUUGCAAGAUUGAAACUUUUCCAUGCUAUUUUACUUCUCAUACAAAUGGUAUAGGAUUAAGUUCUGAUGCGUUCAAAAAAUUUGAUAUAAUAUGUGAAAGGGAACCGAAACAAUUCUUCAAAUUGGUUGUAUCUUGUCGACGGGAAAAAUCUUUGCUGAAAAAGGAGCUAAUGCGAAUAUACAGCAGAAUCUUUGAAGCGCCUAUAGAAUUAGAAACCUACUCUUUAAGCAAGAACAAGAAGUAUGCCUUUGAAACGGAUGGUUCAAAGGACGAGUUGUUUGAAAUGAAUGGUAAUAUUAUAAUGGGUACGCUUUGA